AUUUGUAUACCUACAUUUGGGUGUGGCUUGUUUCACCACUUUCCGCAGUUAUUAGCACUAAACUGUUGCUGUUGUGUAACUUAAAAGUGAGCGUGACGUUUGUACACGUAGUAACAGUUAAAGACUGUUGUUCGAUUGUUUUCCCGUUAGUUUUUGUAAAUUGUAAAGAUGGCCCAAUACCAAAUGGCAGACAGACAGUUUCUCUGGACUGUAUUUCAAGGAGUUGACAGAGACAGAAGUGGUGCAAUUUCUGCUACUGAACUACAGGGUGCACUAUCAAAUGGUUCAUGGAAACCUUUCAAUUCGGAAACAGUGAGGAUGAUGAUUGGGAUGUUCGAUCGAGACAACAGUGGGACAAUUAACUUUGAAGAAUUUUGUUCAUUGUGGAAAUAUGUUACUGAUUGGUUAAACUGUUUCAAGAGUUUUGACCGGGACAAUUCUGGAAAUAUUGACAAAAAUGAACUGCAAGCUGCCUUAACAAGUUUUGGAUAUAGGCUUUCAGAAAGGUUCUACAGCACUCUUAUACGCAAGUUUGAUCGAGAUGCCAUGGGUUCAGUAAAAUUUGAUGAUUUUAUCCAGUUGUGUGUUUUACUUCAGACUUUGACUGCUGCUUUCCGUUACCAUGACACUGAUCAAGAUGGAUGGAUUAGGAUUUCCUAUGAAGAAUUCUUGAUUCUAGUGUUUAGUUUGCGAAUGUAAUUUUCUGUUAAUAAAAAACUUUGAAAUCCUA